CUACCUGGAUCGUGGAUCAGUAAUCUAGCAGCAGUAACAUGGGCUGAGAGAGUCUCGCUUCGAAGACCUCUUGGCUACUCACCUGCUCAACUCGUUCUCGGACAAAAUCCAGUAUUACCCAUCGAGCUUGUAGCGCCUACAUGGCAGAGUCUACCUUGGUCAGAGGUCCGAUCGCAGGCGGACCUGAUUGCA